GGACGCUACUCUAAAGUAAUUUGACCUUCACCCUGUUACCAACUUCUAAGUUACUGUAGAAAAGUCUUCGUAUACAAGUUCUGUUUGAUGAAGAUUAAAAUAAUAUGUUUUAAAGGAAUUCCCAACCACAUCUAUCCUCAAACAAUUCAUCAUCUAUAGAUCACCAUGGCCUCAGAAAUGUCAGACAACCCGAUGGGUUGCGCAGACUUGGAGUACACCUCACAAAAACAGAACAACAGAACAUCCUGGUCUGAGUUGAAGGGCGUUGUCAAGGAUACUCGGAAAGUUAUCACAUCGCUUGCAAGUCGGGCACCAUCAUCGUUCACAUUCAGAACUCAAGAAACGCCGUCAGGGCCCAUAACAAGACUGUACUUCCUGGGUAUACCUGAGAGGCAGCGAGAGUCCACAGUGAUGUAUGUGAACGUUCCACCGGAGCCAUCAUCCAUCACGCCUCUACUAGAGUGGUGUCCUCUGCUGGAGACGUCAAACGCGAGCCUGGCUGGUAACGCGAACAUGUCCAAAGAGGAACAGUUGAUGAGGGAGAGGAAGAGGCUGGGUGUAUAUGGGAUCACAUCGUUUGAAGUCACAGACGAGAGGCGGUUACUGUUCCCAGCAGGCAAUUCCCUCUACACGUGCACAGACAGUAACCUGGCUAGCACAAUCCCAAUUGUUCCAGAGCCCAUCCCUACUGAGGUCCAAGGGGCCAGAAUGGACCCCAAAUCCUGCCCAUCCAAUCCCAAUAUUGUGGCUUUUGUGCGUAGUAACGACCUCUGGGUGUGCAAUGUGGACAACAAGCAGGAGCUGAGACUGACCUUCACUAACAAAGGGACAGGAGAUGUGAGGCAAGACUGGAUCAGUUCUGGGGUGCCUUCCUUUGUGGUUCAGGAAGAGUUUGACAGGUACACAGGAUAUUGGUGGGACCCUGUAUGUAGAGACGGACGAACAUACAGGAUACUCUAUGAGGAAGUGAAUGAAUCUGAAGUGGAUAUUGUACAGAUUUAUUUGCCUCUGGAUGACAAGGGGGUGGACGAGUACCGGUAUCCCCGUGCGGGUAAAACCAAUGCUGACAGCUGUCUGAAGAUGGCUCAGUUCACUGUUGGAAACGAUGGCAGGUUUGAAGAUGAAGCCCUUUUGCUGAGGUUGUUUGAGCCUCUGUCGAGUCUUUCAGUGGACUCGGAGUACCUUGCCAGGGCAGGAUGGACACCAGAUGGAAACUUUGUCCACUGUCAGAUGUUGAAUCGGGUCCAGACCAAUCUCACCCUGUACCUGAUCCCUCGAGAGUGUUUUGUCGCAGAGGCCCGGUACCAGCCUAGCUCACAGACACGGACAGACGCCCAGUAUGAACCUGUCCCACUGCCACCUGUACAUGUCCUACUGGAGGAAACCUCCGACAUCUGGGUCAAUAUCACAGACAUACUGCAUUUCCUGCCGGCCAGGCCCGACUCUAGGGAUGUAGAGUUUCUGUGGAUGUCAGAGAGAUCAGGAUACCGGCAUCUCUAUCGGGUCAAUGCAUCACUGACUCAUCAUGGACAAACUCAGCAAACAGUGAUGUCCUGUGAGAGUGAGGUCAAACAGAUCACCACUGGGGACUGGGAGGUGUCCUCUAAAGAGAUAUGGGUGGACGAAACACGAGGUCUGGUCUACUUCCUUGGACUAAAGGACACUCCACUUGAAACACAUCUAUAUGUAGUCUCCUACCAGACCCCGGGUCCUGUCUACAGACUCACAGAGCUUGAGUACACUCACAACGUCACACUGGAUAAGGCGUGCUCCAUGUUUGUGACAGUGUUCAGCGCUGUGAACUCAGCUCCACAGUCUGCUCUGUACAGAAUAGAGAUCUCACCCCAGUCUGUACAGACUCAACGCCUGGCCAUUAUCAUGUCAUCCACAGACUUCCCUGACUACAGCUACCCAGAGAUGUUCAACUACAAGAGCAAGUCAGGCCACACAAUGUAUGGGAUGUACUACCGGCCCCACAACUACCAGCAAGGGGUCAGGUACCCCACGGUGCUGUUUGUGUACGGGGGACCGCAUGUACAGCUGGUGACAAACUCCUUCAAAGGGCUCAAGCAUGUACGACUGCACACACUGGCUGCAGAAGGUUUUGCUGUUGUCAUUAUUGAUGGAAGAGGCUCGUGUAGUCGAGGGAUCAAGUUUGAAAGCCAUAUUAAAAACAGACUGGGCACUACAGAGAUAGAGGAUCAAGUGGAGGGUUUACAGUGGCUGGCAUCACAUGUAGAUUUAAUAGACGAAGAUAGGAUAGCAAUACACGGAUGGUCUUAUGGUGGCUACCUCUCCUUAAUGGGCCUGGCUCAGAGGCCGGAUAUAUUCAAGGUGUCUAUAGCAGGCGCCCCGGUUGUAGACUGGCACCUGUAUGACACUGGCUAUACGGAGCGGUACAUGGACCUGCCCACUAACAACCUGUACGGGUAUCACCGUGGCAAUGUGCUCACAUAUGUGGACAGCUUACCGGAAGAUGAGAAUCGUCUACUGAUCGUGCAUGGUCUGAUGGAUGAGAAUGUCCACUUCCUACACACAAGCAAACUGGUGAACGCUCUCGUGAAGGCCUGCAAACCACACACUCUACAGUUGUAUCCCAAUGAGAGACAUGGCAUCCGAAGUCACGAGGCGUCCGAACACUACCGCGUCUUGGUGCUUAACUUCCUAAAACAGAACCUGUGAUAUGUACAAACAACUUAUACGAUUAGUCUUAGAUACACAGUACAGAACACUCAGAGUGGUGAUGGUAACCUUUGAUACAACACGAAACAAGAAACAAUUCAAGUUGUCAUGGAAACACAGUUCAGAAAACUUCAUACAAAGGACAGAGUGUGAUAAACAGAUAAGUUAUUGAAACUCUUACAGUUGUCUUGGUUAAUGUAAGAGUAGAUUUGGAAACUUUUUACCGCAGAAAAACACUUUGUUUCAAAUGGGAUCUGUACUAUGCAGCCAUCGUGUGUCACUGAUACACCAACAUUAAAACCAGUACAAUUCACACCGUCUCACAUUCAGCUUUAGAAUGUUAACUGAUUUGUAGUGUUCAUUAAUUAUUGGGCCGUGCUCUGUAAAAAAGGGGGUUUAAUGCAUGUGCGUAAAAUAACUUUCCAGAUAAGCCUGUGCAGUCUGCACAGGCUAAUCAGGAACGACACUUCCCGACUAAACUUGAUUUUUGCUAAGGAGAGACUUUCUUUAAACUAAAAAUAUAAAAGCAAAAAGUUCCUUCUCUGAUUAGCCUGUGCAGACUUUAAAGACUUGGACAGCACUUUACACACAUGCAUUAAACCCCUUUGUCACAGAGCACAGUCAUGUAUAGUGGGUAAACACAUGCUAAUUAAUUUAUUAAAUGCAAUGAUAUAUUGAAUGCAUGUACUUAUAAAUAAGACACAAUUUUGUUGGUUUUUAUGUUGAUUUGGUAAAAUCAAGAUAUUUAUCUAUUAUCAAACAUUGAUGCUGAUUUUACAAACUUAUUGUAUCUAUUGUUGGCACCUUUUUUAGCAAUGAGAUUUUUAGUUGAAUAUGUUAUAAGUUGUAAAUAUGUCUGAGAGAUUGGUUUAGUUUUACUUGUUCAGUACCGUAGUGGCGUACAUAAAUAAAUAAAAACUAUCAACUUGA